UCGUAUGUAAUUCAUAUCGUAUGGUAUCUAAUUGAGAUUUAUUUCCACAGUAUUUUGGUGUUCACCUGCUAAAGACGGUGCGUUUACUGCGACUACUGCGGCUGCUUCAGAAACUGGACCGCUACUCCCAAUACAGUGCCGUGGUGCUCACCCUCCUCAUGUCCAUGUUUGCUCUGAUCGCACACUGGAUGGCCUGCAUCUGGUACUUCAUUGGGCAGAAGGAAAUUGAAGUCAAUGACCUGUCCACCUGGGAGAUUGGUUGGCUUCACGAGUUGGCAAAGCGUUUGGGAACUCCGUAUGUAUACGUUUCAACACUGAGUGCCUCCACCACCCUGAACUCCACUCUUCAGAGCACCUCCAUUAACACCAGCUCUGGAGGUAAUAGUUCCAGUCUGGAGCUGCUGGGAGGUCCUUCAAUCCGAAGCUCCUACAUCACAUCACUCUACUUUGCACUCAGCAGCCUCACCAGUGUGGGCUUUGGAAAUGUGUCAGCUAACACAGAUGCUGAGAAAAUCUUUUCCAUUUGCACCAUGCUCAUAGGAGGUAGGUUUGCAUUCUCUCAAACUACCGACAUUACAUCCGUUUUUCUUUCAGUCCAAUGUGCCCGCAGAAAAUUCCAAACACUUUGGGUUUUAACAUUAGUAAUUAUCAAAAUUUGCCUCAAUUUCGACAUUUAG